GCAGCUAGCUGGGAGGAGGGGCGGAGGGAAGCCGAGGAGCUGGACCCUGGGGCCGGGUGGCAAAGCCAGAAGCCGGGAAGGCACGAUGGAGCCGGCUUUGCCUUCGGGAAUCGGGGACACGUCCCUGAACCGCUACCUGGACGGCGAGUUCUGGAGCCUUAAGAAAGAGCUCCACAGGCUCCUGGGCGGCUGCCCGCUCUUCCGCCACAGGUAUGAUUUAAAUCUGGAUGAAAUAAGAGCUUUGACGUUUCAGAGAGUGAAGUUUGUCAUGGGUCUACCUGUGUUAAAACGUGCGAUUCAGGACCAGGCAGAGAAAACAAAGAAUUUUGUCAGUCGAAGCCUGGUCAUAGGAGAAGUCCUCUCCAUAGCAGACAUGGCCACAGGAGUAAAGUGUGGAAUAAUUUAUUGGCUAUUUGGUGGUGCAGUCAGGAACCUUGGAAGCCCAGGACAUGUCACUAAGUGGCUUCAGCCCCUCCAGGAGCAGAAAUACACUGGGAUGUUUGCAAUGACCGAGAGGGGCCACGGGAGCAACGUGAGAGGGAUCCAGACUGAAGCCACCUUUGACCUCUCGGCGCAGGAGUUUGUGAUCGACACGCCAUGUGAAAAUGCUGAGAAGAUGUACAUUGGAAAUGCAAUGUAUGGGAAUUAUGCUGCUGUCUUUGCUCAGCUCAUCAUAAACGGAAGAUCGCAAGGGCCCCACUGUUUCAUUGUUCCUGUCCGUGAUGAGAAUGGAAGCUUGUACCCCGGAGUGACAGCUAUUGAUAUGAUGUAUAAGGAAGGUCUGCAUGGUGUGGAUAAUGGGAUUUUAAUAUUUCACAAGGUUCGGAUACCAAGGGAGAACCUGCUGGAUAAGUUUGGUUCUGUGGCUCCAGAUGGGCAGUACCACUCCCCUAUUAAGAACAAGAGUGCAAGAUUCAAUGCGAUGCUGGCAGCGCUGACCCCUUCGAGAUUAGCUGUGACUUUCCAAGCUCUGGGUGCCAUGAAGCUUGGGUUGACGAUAGCCAUUCGCUACAGCCACAGCCGGAGGCAGUUUGGGCCUAAGGCCAAGGAAGAAGUAAAGAUCAUUGAGCACCAAACACAGACCCUUCGGCUGAUGCCUCAUCUGGCCACAGCCUUGGCCUUGACCUUCGUCAGCAGGUAUGCCGGAUUCCUCCUGGACAAGGACAUCUUCCAUGGGAAGGAGCUUGUGGACAAUCGCCCACUGCAGGCACUGGUGGCGGGACUGAAGGCCUACAGUACCUGGGAGAACGUCAGCUGCCUGCAGGACUGCCGCGAGUGCACAGGAGGCAUGGGUUACAUGAUGGAAAACCGAAUCUCAGGCCUAAAAUGCGACACAGAUGUGUUUGUGACUUUUGAAGGUGACAAUGUUGUUAUGCUGCAGGUUGUGGUGCGGGCACUGCUGGCUCAGUACAGCAAACAGCAUAAAGAGAAGCCACUGGUCAGCUGCCUCCGAAACUGGGCGGAGUCUGGGAGGGACAAGCUGAGAACCAGCUUCCUGGCAUUUAACAUGGACACAGUUGAUAAUCUCGCCUUUCUAUUGAAAGCAGUGAAUUUUCGUGAAAGAGUUCUUCAGCGGAGUUUGGUGGCCAGAAUUUAUUAUAAGUGUGGGGGGACAGCCCACUCAUGUUUGGGAGAGCUGGUCCACCAGGCCCCAGCACGGAUUUCCUGGUGUUUUACUCCGCAGUGUGAUGGGGAGAGCUUGGGGACAGGAGUGUUUGACCAGCUCUUACCCUCACCUCUGCGCAAGAGGUUCUCUGGCCCAUUCCUUGAGAUUUGCAUUCUCCAUCACACCUUUUCAGCUGUCAUUUUGAUACCAGCACCGAGAGAUCCUGAUUCAGGGACCAAGACAGACAUUAUCCUCGCCUUUGACUAUCGUAAGACGCAGUUAGGUGGGGACUCCAAGGCACAUGUGACAUGGUCCUCCACACUGUGCCUGCUGCCACAGUUCUGCAGGCAGAGAGCACCCCGGGUAACACAGUGUCGCAUUACCUGUGUGCGCAUUGUUCCCCAUGCACUGUUACCUGGACGCCUGUGUCAUCUCGAGAGUCGGCGGCUGGUAGUGGUCAUGUUUGCUGUGUGUGAUGACCAAGAAGAGGACUUUUUCAGUGCCUGGAACGCGUGUCUUCACCACGUUGCCUGCCUGUCUCUGGCACACAUCCACAGAGUUACGUUAGAGCAGUUCUGCCUGGCGGUGAGGAGCUGUCCUGGCCGAGAGGACCAGGCCUUGUUCAUGAAGUUUUGUCUGUUAUAUGGAACCAAGCUGGUGUUCCAGGAGCGAGCCUGGUAUCUAGAACAUAAAUAUUUGACUCCCAUGGCCAGCACGAAGAUUAGGAAUCAGUUGCUGGAUUUGUGCGACUCGGUGAAGGAUGAUGCCCUGAGGGUGAUCUCUGCCUUUAACAUUCCACACACCUCCCUCCACGCACCAAUCGCAGGAAUCACCAAUGCGCAGGCCGCCUGGGCCUUCUACCCGGCACCGCUGCAACCCGAGCCCCGAGAAGGGGCGCGCUUUCAGCCGCCCAAGCUGGGAGCCAAGUUAUAGCGGGCGUGGUGCGAAGGGUGGCGGCUCGCUCGCAGCUGCCACGACACUAGCUUCUCUGACGCCUGAACUGGGGCCAAGGCCGGCCUGGCAUGAGCUGGGCCUCGGCCCUCGGGGAUUUGGGGCGCAGAGCAGGGUAGGCUGGCGAGGUGCGAUGGGCUGUUGGGAUAGGGAGUCCGGCGGCAUCCCGGAACACGGGGCUUUAUUAUGUAACUCCGCCGGCCCGCAGCACCCUCUCCCAGCUUCCGCGCCUGAUCUCCCUAGACACUGGUCUCCCCUGUGAAUGCGCCCCACAGCAAGCUGCCGCCAAAGGUCUCCCGUGGCCAGCGGGGACUCAGAUUUACAGUGAUUUUGGAAAACGCAAUGGCGUUGCGUGAAAAAAAAAAAAAUCAAAACAUAAAAAUCAAACACUCGCGGGCAAAGUUUCAGUUCAACAAGCGAUUCUUUUCCUGUGAAUCAGACCCUCUUGGGGUCUCAGAGAAAACGCACAGACUGGGAAAGAGGAGUUUGCGCCUGGAGUUUUGCUCUGGGCAGAGCGCGAACCCCGGCUUGUCCUCCCAGGCAGGCGGCUUCCGGACCUUAAGACAAGGCACGGAAAAUAUUUUUACCAUAUGAAAUUGUAAUCUGUUCUUUAGAGAAGCAUAGAUAACAAAGUUUAAUAAAGACAUUAGUUGAUGGGAAGA